AUGGAUUUCCUCAAUUUUACUGAGCAAAAUUAUACACUGCAACAAAACGAUACAGAACUACUUAAAAAAGUAACCUCCAAGAUUCUAGUUUCUAUUACACUUUCUGUUCUAGCAGUAAUGACCACCGUCAUCAACUCUCUAGUGAUGACUGCAAUAAUUGUGACACGGAAGCUCCACCACCCUGCCAACUAUUUAAUUUGCUCUUUGGCAGUCACUGAUUUCCUUGUGGCCAUCCUUGUCAUGCCCUUCAGCAUUGUCUAUAUUGUCAAAGAAACCUGGAUCAUGGGUCAGGUGAUGUGUGAUAUUUGGCUUAGCGUCGACAUCACUUGCUGUACCUGUUCCAUCCUGCAUCUCUCGGCCAUUGCUUUAGAUCGGUAUAGAGCGAUCACAGAUGCUGUGGAAUAUGCCAGGAAGCGAACACCUAAACACGCUGGCUUUAUGAUUGCCAUCGUCUGGAUCAUUUCCAUCUUCAUUUCAAUGCCGCCAUUGUUUUGGAGGCACCAAGCAGCCAGCAAAGAUGACGAAUGCAUCAUUAAGCAUGACCACAUUGCUUUCACCAUAUAUUCUACAUUUGGGGCCUUUUAUAUCCCACUGGCAUUGAUUCUGAUUCUUUACUACAAAAUAUACAAAGCAGCCAAGACUUUUCACAGAAGGAGUGUGAGUCGGGUACUUAAAGAGGAUGUAAAUGGUCAAGGUCUCUUGGAAACAAAUGAGAAGAGCUGCCGGCUGUCUUCAACUGCAUCAUGCACAAAAGAUAAAAGGUCUAACCCUUUGGGAGACUUGGACAGAAUCCAGCUUUCACUGAGAAGCCCUGAUUCUGAAUCCAAGAAUGAAAAGGGGUGGAGGAGGCAACGCAUUUCUACUACAAGGGAGCGGAAAGCAGCAACUACUCUUGGCUUGAUUUUGGGUGCUUUUGUGAUUUGCUGGCUACCUUUCUUUGUAAAAGAGGUGGUUGUUAAUACCUGUGAAGGAUGCCAGACUUCAGAAGAAAUGUCUAAUUUUCUGACAUGGUUGGGAUAUAUCAAUUCUCUUGUUAACCCACUGAUUUACACAAUAUUUAAUGAAGAUUUUAAGAAAGCAUUCCAGAAACUUAUUCAGUGCAGGAGCUCUCUCUGA